ACACAUGUGAACCGGCCUCUUAACCACAAGCGCACCAACUCGGAGCAGUGAAGCUGCAAUGGUAGGCAAGGUCGAAGUGGAAGCGAUUCCGGCGCCAAAUUCCCGAGGCCGUCACAUAAAGAAGAGGGCUCUUAAAAACAAGGCUCUCGCCGUCACGUUCAACGAGAAAGAUCUCAGCGAUUUUGUGUCUGGGUUUCACAAGAGGAAGAAGAAAAGGAGAAAGGAAGCCGAGAAGAAGCAAGGGGAGGCGCUACGGCGUAAGCGUCUUGAGCUGCGCAAAAAGAGGAGACUAGAAAAGGAACUGGCUCUUAAUGGUGACGCUCCCCCAGCCACUGACACAGCAGCUGAUGAGAGUGAUGAGCAUGACGAGGAUGAUGAAAGUAGUGAGCCAGCACUACCAGUUUCAGGUACAACGACUUAUGACAAUGGUGACAUGAAAGUCACUGUGACAACAAGCGAGAUCUCUCGAGAAGAGGAAAGUGAUUCAGAUGAAAAGACGGAGGCAGCAAUACCGCAAUCAGUUGGAGCUUCUAAAAAGCACAAUCUACCUGUGAGCAAGACAAAACCUUUGAAAAAAGUUGCAAAACGAAAAUCACGGCCCAAGCUGCAACGUAAAAGAGAUAAAAGGAAGGGACCGGAAAAGACCAAGAAGAGGCGCUAGGUUUUGGUCUUCCCUUUCCCGAUUCGUUGAGGUUGUAGGAUCAACAUGUCUUUCCAAUAGAGAAAUAUGAAGUAGUGAACUCAGCUGCCCAGAACUUCCAUUUGGGUCUUUGGAGUUUUUGGUUGUCUGAAUCAAGCUUUUAGUUGUAUACUGCUCAUUUUUGUAUUAGACCUUUGAUUGAAAUGGGAUGUGUUACAUUAUUCUGUUCUG